CUAAAUAUUUAAAAAAAAUUGCAGGAACUGCUACCACUUUGGAACUUCAGCCAGUAAAAAUUACAUUGAUUCGACCAAACAAUGCCUGUAAACGAGGUGAAUGGGUACGAGUUUUGCCAAGUUUAAACAAAGCUGUAAUUGAAGACUAUUAUGAACAUUUACCAGAAAAUGGAAGUUUUAAAUAUUAUAAAGAUUUGCGUCGACAUUGGAAAAAUAUUCACGGUUACCGUCUUCCUGAAGAGGAAUGUUCAUACUAUGCCGUGAGGUUUUGGCGUGGUGAACCAUUGACUUAUCCGAAGAUAUGUGUCGUUCAAAACUAUCCGAUUUUUACACCCAUGCCCAAAGCCGAUGAAACAUAAAGACUGGAGAAAAAUUGCUAAAAGGGAAAGGAGACGACGUAUACGAAUUAAAGAAGCUGUAGACAGAGAUGUAGCUGCAGACAAAUCCGAAAUAUGUUUGAUGGAACAACAGCUAUGUGAAGAUGUUGAAUAUGAACAAAUAGAAAUAAAUAAUAAGAUUGAAAAUGAAAAAUGGUUAAAUGCAGAAAAAAAUGCUAUGGAACGUUGGAAUAAACUUCAAGAAGAAAAGAGAAAAUUAAUCGAAAAAAAACUUGAAGAAGCAGUCCGUAUCAAAUUAGAAUGGGAGCUAGAAAAGAAGAAGAGGGAAGAGGAAGAAGAGAGAUUAAGACUAAUUGAGGAAGAAAAUAAAAGGAAACAACAAAAAUUUAUGGAAAAUUUAGAGUUGUUUUUAUCUGGGGAUUCUGAACACCCACCCCAAGAAUUGCUAGUUGUACAUGAAUCAAGACCACAUGCUGAUCCCUGCCCCUUUUUUGUCAAAACAGCAUGUUGUCGCUUUGGAGAUAACUGUUCCAGAAAUCAUCAGUAUCCAAGCAUUAGCAAGAUUCUUCUAGCAACAAAUUUUUAUGCUCAUUUUGGAUUAGACAACACUUUUUAUAACAAUGAAUAUGACACAGAUAUUAUGUUGGAAUAUGACGACAGUGAAACAUAUAGACAGUUUAAAGAGUUUUUCUUUGAUGUCUUACCUGAAUUUGAGAAAUUUGGUAAAGUAGUUAUGUUCAAGGUAUGUAAUAAUUACGAGAAACAUCUUCGAGGAAAUACGUACAUAGAAUAUGCCAAUUUGAGGAGUGCUGUGGCAGCCUACCGUUCACUACAUGCACGAUGGUACGGGGGCAGACAGCUUUCUCUACAGUUUUGCAACAUAAACUCAUGGAAGCAUGCAACUUGUGGGCUUCAAUUACGAAGACAAUGUCCGAAAGGGCGUUCUUGUAAUUUCCUACACAUCUUCGUAAAUCCAAAUAACAUGUUUCCCGGGUUCGAGACAUUACAAAAUCCAGAUAAAAAAAGGCCACUAAAAUCUCCUUCGUCUCGAGCAUGGAGAUGGUCUGAAUCUCCAGAGGUUGAAAUUAUCAAGAGUUCGAAACGGCGGGCUUCAGACAGACGUGAAGAGAAAAAUCAUACUGAUAAAAGAGUUAAUGACUAUAAACGUAGGCGUAGUCCAAAUAGAAGGAUUUCAUCGCACAGGCGUGAUGUUUAGAUGAUCCAAUAGUUACUUACAUAUUAUUUAUUUCACUAAUACUAUCAGUACAGCAACUAAUGUGCCGCAACGGGAUAUUUGUACGAAUAACGUGUAUCCACAGAAACUUGCUACUCCAUCAUCAAUUAAUCAUUUUUAACUACUUAUGAAUACCAACUAGCACAUGUGGUUUGUAAUAUUAAAAUCCUUGACUGAAUAUAA